GCAGAGAUACGUCACCUAUUUCUACAAUCUAUCUCCUAAACGCAAAAACCUUCACAAGAUGUGCAACAUCUGCCGCAGAAUCGAAGCCGUCCAGUCUAUCGACUCUAUCCUCCUCAAACCCCUCAAAGUUAUCCUCACCAAACUACAUGAGCGCAUCGAACCUGAGCUAGGAGACUCUUUCCUCCGCCGCGAAGCACGUAUCCACUCCAUCAAGAAGAAUCUCCAAUGUCUUAAAAUCGGUCCUUUGAAGCCUAUCAUCAAACUCAUCAUCUCUGAUCUCGAUUCCGAGCUCCAUAAACUCGAAGUUAGCAAACUCGAUCACCCUGCCUAUCGAACUGUCGGGAAAUACAAUCAUCUAAAGACGAAGAUCGGACCGGAUGAUAGCUCAAGUAUUAGGGCAUGGGUUGAGAAUCAAGCUAAAGAAGUUGAAGAAACUAAACUUUUGAAGAAAAUGGUGGCUCUCCAGAGUAGUUCAAGAACUCAGGGUAAACCAAAAAUCCAGAAAGAUUUAAUUACAGGACCGAAGCAUUUGAUGGGGCCGGGAUCAUCAACAGAAUCAGAGUAUCUGUCAGAAACGGAUGAUAUGACGGAAAUUGAUUAUAUCGAGCAUGAUGAUCGGCUACCUGUUGAAGGAGCUUUGGAAUGGUCAACUCAUGUUGUGGAUGAAUGGUUCAAGAAGAAUGGCGAGAGUAAUUUGUUAAGCGAGGGGGUUGCGCAGGCGGAAAAUGCACCUAGAAAGCAUAGGAAGCAUAGGAAGCAUAGGAAACAUAGGGAGCAUAGGGAGCAUAGGGAUCAUUUGAAGAAAGAGUAGAGUCCUUCUAGAGUAAUGCGGUGGUUUUAUGAAUAGAUGACAAAGUAUGAUUGAUAACCAAUACAAAUUAUUCA